AUGGAACAAAACCUUAAGCUUGGGAAGGGAGAAGGAGAAGAUAAAGUGGAUAGCAGUCAAUACAGGAGGUUAGUUGGUCGUCUCCUUUACCUGCAGGCCACCAGACCGGACAUCACCUAUGCAGUGAAUGUCCUCAGCCAAUUCGUGACAGACCCUCGCCAGAACCACAUGGAUGCAGCAACUAGAGUUCUUCGGUACUUGAAAUCGACUCCAGGACAAGGUAUAUUGUUACCAAAAGAAGGUGGCAUGAACUUAUUGUUAUAUUGUGAUGCGGAUUGGUUAGGAUGUCCUUUGUCAAGAAAGUCUCGAACUGGUUACUUAUUGUCUCCUGGAGGAGCACCCAUAUCAUGGAAGUCAAAGAAGCAAUCAGUAGUUUCAAGAUCAUCUGCAGAGGCAGAGUACAGAGCCAUGGCUACUACUGUCAGCGAGGUGAUUUGGGCAAGGUGGAUGUUGAGUGAAUUAGAUGCUAAACAAGGGGAACCAACUGUUUUGUUUUGCGAUAACCAGGCGGCUAGGCAUAUAGCGAACAAUCCAGUCUUCCAUGAGAGAACAAAGCAUGUAUAG